GGCUGGGUAUUUGAGCUGUCAUUUUAUAGAAGGGAAAAACAAGUCCCAGGGAAUGGAAACAAUUUGCCUAGUUCUUUCCAACUUCUAACCAUACAGCAGGGUUAAUACCCUUAUAUUCCCGAUUUCUGUCCAGGAAUCCUGGUCCGCAGACAGCCCUGUCUUCUAGUCCAAGAUGCUGGCCAAGAGUGUUGAGGUGGGGAGAAUGAAAGUGAGACAAGGGAAGAUCUCAGACUUAACCUGCCCUGCCCCGCCUGGCUGAUUCUCCAGCCCCAGCCGGAGAGCCACUCACCAUUUUGAUGGGCCGGAAGGACAUGAGCCGAUCACUGCGGUAGCUGCUAGACCAUGUGUUCCAGCGAGGGUACUCGCCCUUCUCCAGGAUGAACAUCUCCCCGCGCAAGUUGGACUGCUCAAAGGCGACCCAGCUGGAUACAAGAAGGACCAUGAGGCAGACAGGAGACAAAUGAUGGUGGUGUGGGAUGAGGACGGCUUCCAGGGCCGGCGGCAUGAGUUCACGGCUGAGUGCCCCAGCGUGCUGGAGCUUGGCUUCGAGACUGUGCGAUCUUUGAAAGUGCUGAGUGGAGCGUGGGUGGGCUUCGAGCAUGCUGGCUUCCAAGGGCAGCAGUACAUUCUGGAACGGGGUGAAUAUCCAAGCUGGGAUGCCUGGGGCGGCAACACGGCCUACCCCGCCGAGAGGCUCACCUCCUUCCGGCCUGUGGCCUGUGCUAACCACCGUGACUCGAGGCUGACAAUCUUCGAGCAAGAGAACUUCCUGGGCAAGAAAGGAGAGCUGAGCGAUGACUAUCCUUCCCUCCAGGCCAUGGGAUGGGAAGGCAACGAAGUAGGGUCCUUCCACGUCCACUCUGGGUCUUGGGUUUGCUCCCAGUUUCCGGGCUACCGAGGAUUUCAGUAUGUGCUGGAAUGCGAUCACCAUUCCGGUGACUACAAGCAUUUCCGGGAGUGGGGCUCUCAUGCCCCGACCUUCCAGGUGCAGAGCAUCCGCAGGAUCCAGCAGUGAACAGGGGCGCGGCACGGAGGAGCACAUGCGUGCUUGUCUGCAAUGGAGGCGCUCUGGAGGCUGUGGUGUGAACCCAGCACCCGUGUGAGCUGGUCCAUGCACAGUCAGCACAAAAAACUCAAACGAAUAAAAAAGAGAAAGUCUGG